GCGGUUUGUGUGUGCAUGCGCGUGUGUGUUUGCGUGUGCCAAGUUUGUGAGAUUGGAAGCCUGCGCGCGCGCGCGUGCUGUACGAGUACUUGACACGCGAUCAGUACUUUCCGUGUGUUUGUCUCCCUCCUCUCCUCUCCGCGCAGCAGCAGCGGCCGCUGAGGUGGGCGUGCGGACCCUCUGACCCUCUCUCGCCCACUCUUCCUCCGUCUCUCCCUCUUCGCAGCAGCGACAGGGGGGCUAUGGAUGGACUGCGUUUACCUCCACUCAUAGAGGAGGCUUUGGACUCCACAGAUGACCCCUGUGAUCUGAAAGCCGAGAGCAGCCCCAACAUGGACAACGAGAUAACCGCCAAGGAGCGAGGAGUCCUGGAGGAGAACAACGAGAAAGAGGAGAUGGACCAGGAGAGAUCUCAGGAGGAAGAGGGGGAAGAAAAGAAACUGAAAGAGGAGGAAGGUGAAGGGGAGGAGAAGAGGAAGAAGGAGCAAGAGUCGCUGACUGAGGAGCAGGAGCUGGAGGAGCUCAGGGCGCAGGUGCUGCAGCUGCUGCUGGAGCUGGAGGAGGCCAGAGAGACCUCCAACAAACAUCAGGAGAGCUUCCACGAGCUGCAAGGUCUGUUGGAGGAUGAGCGUCUGGCAAGUGCCCAUCAGGCUGAGGCAUUCACACGGCAGAUCCAGAAUCUGCAAGCCCAGCUGCGCUCUGUGCAGGAGGAGAUGUACAGCCUGGAGGAGGAGAAGGAGAGCGAGCUGGCCGAGGCCCAGGAGGAGCUGCGCACGGCUCAGGAGGAGGUGCUCCUGCUCCAGCAGGCCGCUGAGGAGGCAGCGGCGGAGAGGGAGAACGACAUCGCCUCACUGCAGGAAGAGCUGUGUCGCCGGCGGGCCGAACUCCAGCGCCUAAGUGAAGAAACCCAGGAGUACGAGCUGGAGAUAACCACGCUCAGGGCCGAAAUCAGCAUGAAGAGCCAGCGCAGGGAGGCCGAGAGGAGAGAGGGUGACGUCGACCUGCUAAAGGAGGAGUGCCGUAUGCUGAGGGAGGAGUGUCAGACCCUGAAGGAGGACAACAGACGGCUCUCCGAGAGGCUGCAGCUGCUGCAAAGACAGAGGACAUGCUCUAGCGUCUACCUGUCGCUGAAAGAGGAAGACGCGGGGGAGGGCACAGAGGGAAAGGAGAUGGAGACCGGCUCAGAUGAGGUCAUGACAGAGAGCUACAUGACCAUGGCCCAGUCUGAGAACUGUCGUCUGGUGGACGCCUCCAUCCAGAAGAACAUCUCAUUCGAUGGGAAGCCGAUGACGCCGACGAGCUGGACCGGAGGGAUCGGGGAGAUCUUCUCGCUGAGAGACCAGCUGAAACAGGCUGAGGAGAAGGCCUCACAAGUUCAGAGAGAGUGUGAGGGUCUGAAGAUGGAGCUGCAGGAGUUGCAGGUACUGUAUGACAGCAGUCAGAGGGAGAGGGCAGAGCUGGAGGAGGAGCUGCAGCGCUGCAAGGCAGAGCUGGAGAAGCUGUCGGGGGGGACGCAGGGGAGUGAGGUAGGUUGGAGCUCCAUUGUGACUAUCACUGCAGCCACAGCUGUGCUUCUAGUGAUGACUAGCUUAUUGAGAGCCCUCGUCCGAUUCUGACUGGAUGGGUAACAACCGCACGGGACGAACGUCUGCUUCAGACCAGCCCUCACGUCUCCUGCCAUGUCUAUAUCGAGUCACCCGGAAUGAUCUAAAUGUGAUAGAAGUGACAACUUUGUAGUAGAAACACCUACGGGGAAACCUUUAUCUCUAACGUGACGGUACUACAUGCACGCACAGGCUGAGAAAGAUGCGCCCGGCAUCACUCAAGGCUGAAGACGACAAUGAGCUGACCUGCAGACAGUGCACACAAGGACUGUCCUUUAAAUGUAUGCUAGUGCUGUGUCAUUCCUCUUCUGUGUCAGUGAAUAUGAUUUUUUUUUCUCUUUUAACUAUGUGACAAAUUAUGUUUUUCAGUA